AUGUCUCCUUCCUCUCUCUGGCAAGACGUCGCCUUCCGCCUCAACAUUAUGGACGGCCCCAAAAGUGUCGUACCGCCCCGCCCAGUCCGCACCCCCACCCCUCCACCCCGUCGCACCAAUCUCCGGGAUCUCGUACUCAGACUCCACCCCGAAGCUGUCGCGGAAACGGCCUCGGCCAACAACGACUUCCUCGUCGAGCACCAAGAGGCCUUUGGUAUCCUCGCCCGCAAGGACUGGGAUCCCAAAGUCGCCUGGCCGUACAUCCAACGUCUCGUGAAGUCCGGACUUACCCGCAAGCAAAUCGAGGACGCUGCGACAAAUGCUGUUGAGUCCGUCGAAGUGAGCAGACAUGUUUUCCGUUCGAGGUCGAUGGUAGUGGAAGAAUCCCCGCCAGGGUGGGAGGACGUUGUGAGGGAGAUGACCAGCCAGGGCUAUGAUCAGGAUUAUGUCCAGAUUCUUGCGUUUGGGAUGGCAGAUAAACCCGGAAUCUUCCCGAUCGACCUGAAGGAUGGCUUGGAGCAGUUUAUCAAAUUCGAUCGGUACAUGUGGGAUUUGGUGCCUGGUCUGGAGGAAAUUUACUCGCCCAAUGAUGGCGACGACCGUGCGGAUGUUCACGAAGAUGAGGAUGAUGAUAUCGAAAUGGGAGAUGCCUUGCUCUGGGAGGAGACGACAGGGGAUGAAGAGACGGACGAUGAUGUGAUCGACGAUGUUUCAAUGCAGUCCGACGACGACGAUCUUUCCGAGGACACCGACGACGAUGUUCGAGAGCCAACUCCUACGUCUGGCAGAUUUGAGCUCGUCGAGACUCCCACCGGAGGAAGGAGAUUCGUGCGUGUUACGUGUACCGAACGGGACGACAUGAUCCAAAGCGGAGACUACCGGGAACAGUUCAACCGGAAUGGAAGUUCCUAUAUGAUCCCAGUCGCUCAUGACGAGGCUAUGGUCGAGGAAGAAGACUCCCCACCUCCUUCACUGCCGGACUACGAAAGCAGUCCCCUUCAGCCUCAAACAUCCCCCGAUCCUAAUGUUCUCGAAGAAGAAGACUCUGGUCCCAACUUGUUCGACAUCUACGUAAACCGAGGUUCCCCCGAAUCAAUGGGAAGCGUCGACCCGGAGGACUACCGACGUCACCAAGCAAUUGACGACUACUACGAAGAUGCAAUCACCGCUCUCGAACAGCGCAUCGCCUUCUUAAGAGACGACACCUCUUCCCCUGAAUCAUACGGACCUCCAAAACCGAAUGUUACUGACCUUCCCGUUGCUGCAGGACGUCCUAGUCCUUCGCCUCCUGGAGGGAGUGGAGGUGGACAGGAAUUGGAAGACCCAGACAAGGGACUGAAACUCAAACUGAGAGGUGCUCCUGCUUCUCCGAGGRAGUCUUCGAUCAGAUCUUCGCCGACAAGUUCUUCGCGAAAGUCAAGCGUUUCACCACGUCCGAUUUGUUAUCGCCGCCAUGAUGAUGAGUCGGAAAGCGAUCCAGAUAGUGAUAUGCUGAUUGAUGAUAUGCCUUCCGAUGACGAGGGUACGGAAGCCGAUUCGGAUUACCAAGACGACGGCCAAGACGACGACGAUGAGGACUACGAUGAGGACGAUGAUGCCGGCCAGCCCCAUGAUAUACAUUAUCGUCUCGUGGAACAACAUGCGGACAAGAAUGACGAGUUCGUCGCAAAACACAAACCCGUCUUCUCCGUCCUCGCUGCGGAAGGCUGGUCAGCGCACAUGGCAUGGCGUUUCGUCCGAUUUGUGGUUUGGGUCCAAGGGGGAAACGCAACCAUUGCAGAGUUGAUCAACGGUGCUUACGGCAUCACCGAAAAGCAGCUCCAUGAUGAGUAUACAUAUGYUGAGGAGAACCUUUUGGUCAAAGAACUCUCCGCCGACAAGAAGCUGGGCGAGAUCAUSAGGACCCUCUACCGCGCAGGCUUUGCUCCAGAGUAUCUCAAAGGCUACCGCCAAGAACUCGAAAGCGAGGGCCGGUCUGCCCAGGAAAUCGAAAACGAGCUCGAGGGGUAUGAGGCUAGUGAUUGGUUGGAGGAGUGGGUUCCAGCCUUGGGUGAAAUCUGGGAUGAUGCGAAUGAUGCCAGCGAGCCAUCUCCGUCAGUAAUACAGACCCGCCGGCCCGGACGAGAUUCACUCGUCCGCCCUCAGGAUGGAUCCUCUCCACGCAAGAGUUCACUGUCGUCGAACGGUCGCCAGCCAUACAGUCCAAGCUAUCCGCCGAUUCCUUCGAGCUUUCAGUACACUACGCCCGCUGCAUCGAAUGCCACCAAGAGAAGCAAUUCGUCGACCAGCCGACGCACUUCUUCGAUAUCACGAACUGCAAUUAGCCCUACUGCAUCGGAGUUGUUCUUCAGAGGGCAGAACCCUGGCCAUGUUGGCGCGGCUUCACCAAAAUCUCCACGCUUCCCUCCUCCUGCUGGCCCGACCACCCCUAGUCCCCCAGGAAGACGUCCAUCUUCUUCAUACAGCGGUCCGAGAUAUACACCGGAUGCACCAGCGCCGCGCGUACCACCAAAUACACCUGCAUGCGCAGCAAAGCCAGCUGGUCGCAGAAGCAGUUCGGUAUUCUCAGGCCCGAGAUAUGCGCCAAUCAUCCCCAACGCACGUCCAUCCACUUCCGAUGGUCUACCACGCACAAGGAGAUCCUCUUCCACAUCACCCAUGAUCGCAUCCAGCGGCAAGUCCUCCGAAGCAAGGAACCCCAAGCCCAGGUCCCUUUUCACCAGAAGCCUCCCUUCUCGCCCCAGAGGUAUUCUCAGACGUCCUUCUCACGUUCCGAUCCUGGACCCAUUGCGUUACACCAACCGUAUAUCCCCGCCGAGAAGAUUGCCAGAUACGCCUACGAGAAGCCACCAACCUCCCAGCCCUCGUAGAACUGGCCGAAGAUCUUGUGGGGAAUGUGGUCGUCCCGAACCUCCUGUAGCGAGCAAGAAAACCCCGAAUCGUCAAGUCCGUCAUACACUCUCCGUCUCUCCCCAAGGACGUAUUCCGAAGGAAUCAAUACCGGACUACUCAGCACCUUCUCCUGUGGCCAUGAGAUCCUCAUCAAAGUCGCCCUCCGUUGGGAGAUCGCCUCCGACAACUGCGAUCAGGAGAUCACCAGCUUCAUCGUCUCCUGCUUCUUCUGCUGAAGUCACUAUGAGGGGUUGUGUGGGCACGAAGCACGUUAGGAAAGCUGCUGCUGUCAAGGCUGCAGUUAAGCAGGCGGUGGCGCAGGCGGCGACUAGGAAGAGCGGCAGGGUCGCGAAGCCGCCGAGUCGGUAUGGGAGUUGA